GGUGGCUGCAGGUGGCAGCGACCUGUGGGCUGGCGACGUAGAGGAGGAUGCCUCACAACUCAUCUUCCCCAAAGAGUUUGAAACAGCUGAGACACUUCUAAAUUCAGAAGUUCAUAUGCUUCUGCAGCAUCGAAAGCAACAGAAUGAGAGUUCAGAGGAUGAACAGGAACUUUCUGAGGUCUUCAUGAAAACUUUAAACUACACAGCCCGUUUCCGUCGUUUCAAAAACAGAGAGACCAUUGCCAGUGUCCGUAGCUUGCUGCUCCAGAAGAAGCUUCAUAAGUUUGAGUUGGCCUGUUUGGCCAACCUUUGUCCAGAGACUGCUGAGGAAUCCAAGGCUCUGAUCCCAAGCCUGGAGGGGCGGUUUGAAGAUGAGGAGCUACAGCAGAUUCUUGAUGACAUACAGAUCAAGCGCAGCUUUCAGGAUUAAUCUCCAGAUACCGC